AUGGUUGCUCUGGAGUCUUUAGCGGAUGGGAAAAAGGGGCCCGGGAUCUGGAGGCUGAGGGCUGCGCAGGCAAAGAAGAAGGGUGUCAGGGAGAAGGUGAAGCAGGUGCUACGCGACGCUGGUGGUGACCUGGCAGACAUACUCCCGAGGCUGUCGUCCUGUCUGAGGGCUUAUUCGCGAGAGGAAAUGAAGCGGAUUAAAGCGACUAAGGCGCAUCUGGAGCGGGAGGUGGAGGUGUUCCGCAGCAGACUGUCACGGAAGCCGAGGUGUCGGCGCACAGGGGCAAUUCUGCUCAAGAAGGAAGAGGUGCUGAACGCAUACGAGAAGCGUCACAUGGAGAACCUGCAGGCGUGGGCUGGCAUCGAAUCAGAGCUAGACGGGGAGGCGACGUCAGGCUUUCUGUCUGGGAAAGUUAGAACACGAAAGGCGAAAACGGAGGUUCACCAGGUUAAGCUCAAGGGGAAAGUCUUUACCGGAGCAAGAGAAGUACUGGUGGUGGCGACGGAGUUUUUUGAAGACUCCUUUGGUGGCGACGAUAUCUCUGACGGUGGGGCUGUGGAGUCUGACCCACUGUAG